AUGGAGUUUGCAGCUUGCUGGAGUUGCAGGGGCACCGCGGAUCCUCUCGCCCAUUUGCACACACCGAUGACAUCCACUGAGCCACGGAGACUGAUGAUGUGGCAGCCAGUGCAGAUAAUGCGGAUCGUACAUGGCAUCCUAACACAUGAAGCGAUGGAAGAAGAGCGCAAUAUUGGAAUGUUUGAGAAAUUGGCAACAAAGAUGGCAAAGAAGACAAACUGCUUUUUCUGUGAUAAGAAAGAAGAAUCCAGCAAAUACACCUCCUCUUCUCAACAAUAG